AUGCAGGACCAUCACAGAGCUAUUCUGAAAGAAAAACUUGAGGCUAACCUAGGAAGAAGAAUCAUUUUUGCUGAGCUUGAUACAGGAGGAAAAAUUCUCCGAUGUCCAAAUUGUCACGGUCCAGUCAAAACUGAUCUCGGAGACUGGAUGGCAUAUAAGUUUCAAUGUGAAAGAUGCAAAGCUAAUUUAUCUUUUAGAAACAGCACAGCAGAAACAGCGAGAUUUUGUAAUAUCUCACGUCGUCCUGUGCAAAACAAUCUUGUAAUGCUUGUGUGUGGCGGGUGUCAAGCGAAAGUGAUUCACCAAAGAGGUGACAAAACUGUGAAAUGUUCUGACUGCCAACACAUCAAUAUUACAACAGUUGGAAGAACUUAUGGGGUUCGUCCACCUAACCAAGGUCCUCCGCAAUUUAGCCGGUUUGUUCGGCCUCAAGUUAACCUAAUUGAUUGUCCUCAAGGUACCCAGGUUGUUCCUCCUCACGUUAACCUGGUUCUUCCUCCUCACGUUAACGUGCUUGUUCCUCCUCAAGCUAACCGAGAUCAUCUGCCAGCUUACCGGGUUUUACCUGUUCAAGUUAACAAGGAUCUUCCUCUAGUUUACCGGCUUGUUCCUGAUCAACAUAACCUUCCUAGAGUUAAUCAAGAUCCUCUGCAAGUUUACCAGGUUGCUCUUCAGCAAGUUAACCAGGUUGUUCCUCAGCAAGUUAACCGGGUUGUUCCUCCUCGAGUUUACCGCCGGAGGAACCGUGUAGCAACUGCUGAAACUGAAUCAACUGCGAGUUCUCCUUUCAUUCCAAGGCCUGAGAUCACUGUAGUUGAAUACCCUGAUAAUGCUGUUUCUGAAUCUGUAAGGAAUGUUGCAACCAAGAGAGUAAUAGAAGUAGAAGAAGACAAGACAGAAGCAGCAGGAAGCAAGAAGACUCGUCUCUGAUCGAUUCAAAGUAGUGCCAAAAAUUUCUAUUUGUUUGUUUUUACACAUUUUAGUUUCGUUUAGUUCUUUCCU